AUGCGUUGGUUUGAAGGAAAAGAAGAAGGUGAAAUUGUUGUCGGUGGAAAUGGAGGAGGAAUUCAAUCAAAUCAAUUGAAUGAUCCCACAGAAGAGAAGAAAAGAGAAUAUUUUUAUGUUAAUGAACAACAAUGGAUUGAAAUUACACAAAAUUAUUCACAUUUAUUUGAUAAAAUUAUUUGUUUAAAUGAUUCAUUUGAUUCAAUUUUUUUACAAUUAGAAACUUUAGUUAAAGAUGUAAAAAUUAAACUUAUAUAG